AGCUGCGGACUCGGUGCGGGAUGGCCGCUGAGCCGGGCGGAGCUGGCGCGCGGCUCCCGGAGCCGGCUCUCCGGACCAAGACAUGGCCCGGGGGCCCGGCCUGCUAGGCCGGCCUCGCCCCGACGCGGUCGCCAUGCCCAAAAGAGGGAAGCGUCUCAAGUUCCGGGCCCACGACGCCUGUUCUGGACGAGUGACCGUGGCGGAUUAUGCCAACUCGGAUCCGGCGGUCGUGAGGUCUGGACGGGUCAAGAAAGCCGUCGCCAAUGCUGUGCAGCAGGAAGGUCUGAAGUUGACACUUUUAAGGAGUCAAUCUCUGCAACUUUGGGUAAAAUCUCUUUGUGGCUUGGAAGCCUCCCAGGUUCCUGCAGUGGAAGCUCUUUCUGGGGUUGGUGAGCCCUGUGACAUCAUUGACAGCAGUGAUGAGAUGGAUGCCCAGGAGGAGAGCAUCCGUGAGAGAACCGUCUCCAGAAAAAAGAAAAGCAAGAGGCACAAAGAAGAUCUGGACGGGGCUGGAGGAGAAGAGUAUCCCAUGGAUAUUUGGCUAUUGCUGGCCUCCUAUAUCCGUCCUGAGGACAUUGUGAAUUUUUCUCUGAUUUGUAAGAAUGCCUGGACUGUCACUUGCACUGCUGCCUUUUGGACCAGGUUGUACCGAAGGCACUACACGCUGGGUGCCUCUCUGCCUUUGCGCCUGCGACCAGAGUCAAUGGAGAAGCUGCGCUGUCUCCGGGCGUGUGUGAUCCGAUCUCUAUACCAUAUGUAUGAGCCGUUUGCUGCUCGAAUCUCCAAGAAUCCAGCCAUUCCAGAAAGCACUCCCAGCACAUUAAAGAAUUCCAAAUGCUUACUUUUCUGGUGCAGAAAGAUUGUUGGGAACAGACAGGAACCAAUGUGGGAAUUCAACUUUAAGUUCAAAAAACAGUCUCCUAGAUUAAAGAGCAAGUGUGUGGGAGGGUUGCAGCCUCCCAUUCAGUAUGAAGAUGUUCAUACCAACCCAGACCAGGACUGCUGCCUACUGCAGGUCACCACCCUCAAUUUCAUCUUUAUUCCAAUUGUCAUGGGAAUGAUAUUUACCCUGUUUACUAUCAAUGUGAGCACGGACAUGCGGCAUCAUCGUGUGAGACUGGUGUUCCAAGAUUCUCCUGUCCAUGGUGGUCGGAAACUGCGCAGUGAACAGGGUGUGCAAGUCAUCCUGGACCCAGUGCACAGCGUUCGACUCUUUGACUGGUGGCAUCCUCAGUAUCCAUUCUCCCUGAGAGCCUAGUUACUGCUUCCUGUCCCUGAGGGCAGCCCUGAACUAGGCCAGUCCAUUAGUAAUCAGAUUCCAGUUUGGAAGGGGUGUCUGGAUUGUAUAUCUGGUUAGUAAUGCACAUGCUCUUCCGGUUCCCGGGGCUCCUCUUAGGGGAAGGAGAAGGAUUGAAUCAAGAGGAAAAACAACUAUGAUUUAUAAACGUAUUUUAAAAUGUAAAAAUUUGCAUUUGAAAGGAGAAACCUGGCCCUAUUUUCUGUGUUAAACCCCAUUUGGUGCUAUUGAGUUUGUUCUUUAUUCUUUUAUCCCAGCAAAAAUGGAUGAUCUUGCUCUAGGGAAAAAUUAAACUCAUCCAUCUCCAAACAAGGACGUUUCAGCAUUCCCUUGCGAUCAGAGAGGAGCCUCCGAGGCCUGAAAUUGUUGCUACGGUUGCUUCCCAUUAAGCUGCCCCUCAAAUUCAAGUGAAUAUUUUCUCUUCUCCCUUUACCCUUCUCCAGAAAUAAAGCAGGUGACAGGGUUUUCAGAAUCUUA